AUGGAUAACUCAGAAGUAGAAAAGACUGCAAGCGAAGACGCACAGCUUACUAGAAGUAGAAGUUUUAAAUCGAAGCAAUUAGUACGUAGCCAAGCGAUUCGCGAGUCUACGUCCCCCCCUCGUACAGCCUCACCCUACGAGCCUGGCAGCCCCGAGCAUGAGAAAGAGAAGGAACAUAAUCGCUGCGUCACUAAUGUCAUUGACGAUGAGAAGAUUCCAGUGCAGAUACAGAUAACCUCGGGCGGCUGGGAGGAAGGGUUUAGCGAGCAGCGUCUCCGCACACGACGUUGGUUGGGACAAAGACCGCAUUCGGACUCCUCUAGGGACUUUCUCUCAUAUAAUCCUCGUGUUACUUGCGUCUGUGGAAAGUGUGCUUGUCCACACUGCAGGGGUAAACGAAAACACAUGUGCGCGAUUAAACAGGACUCUGGUAUAGUUUGCUCUGUGGACUGUCCCGACUGCUCUGAUCUUGACAAUAUUGGUGCAAAUGGAAAGUCUAGUAGUGUGGAUGUUGAUGAUCAGACAUUUUACUGCAGGUGUCCAGAACGUAAAGACAAACCGAAAAACCUAUCGCUAAGCGGAAAUGAUGCAGACGACAAAACGGAUCUGACGGACCAGGAUUUGGUGAAUUUCCUGAGAGACACGCUCAACAAGAAUCCAAAGGACAGGAUCACACUGUUGAAGGUUGAAAAGGAGUUGCACGCACUUGUCAGCGAUGUUGGUCGUUGCAUAGUGCGGUUUCCGGUGAUGACGUCAUACGGCCGUAUGUUGGUUCAUCGGGUGGCUGCGUUGUUUCAACUGGCGCAUCAUAUCGACCACGCUAACAAGACCUGUGUGGUCGUAUCUAAGAGUGGCACGAGUGGUGGUAGGAUCCCUUGCACCAGCUUCAAACAGUGGUGCACGCGAGUGUUCCCCAAAUCACCUCCAAGGAGACACGAUGAUACACUCGCUAAAUCGAUACUUAAACGCGCGGGGAACGUUUCGGAAUCGAGCGGCGGCGGUGCGGACGCGCCGAGGAGUAAGUCACUCGAGCAACGCGAAAGGGAUUACGAGAGAGCGAGACGGAGGAUAUUUAGUACGGACAACUGUACACAAGACGAGAGCCAAUGGCCGUGGCUCCCCUCUGGACCUGUCAAGCUUCUAACACCUGAGGGCGGAAAGAAUAAACUUGUUAAGGUCCAAUCUCUUGAGUCCCAGGGCCAAGAGACAAAUUCCCGAGGUGCUGUGUCCAAAAGCCAUAGUUUCGGAGGAUAUACGGCUGAACCACAACAGCCACGAUUGCUUAGCAGACAAGGUGAUUUGGCUUCAAGCAGCUGGCGUUUAUCACCAUCCAGUUCUGGAUACAAAACGUUGAGUUUGCGUAGCACUGACUCCGUCACUCCGUCGCCGACAGGCGGAGCAAGUCCCGAGCCAGGCACCGAAGCCGCGACCCUCGUGUGGGCGGUGACUAACCUGUCUUCUGUACCGCCGGGAGCUAUUGUUAUACAUCCACAGACCGGACGUCCUCUUACAAACCCGGACGGCUCCAUUUAUCACUUCGAUCCGGCCAACCCACCCGUUAUUUACCAAGAUGAUAAGAAUGACGCAAAUGAAAAGCGAAGGGGAAAGUUGGAAAAGCAACAUUCGUUUAUGGUUACUGAAUGUGAAUGUCCUACGAACGAGUGCAGAAAAUGCUGUUGUGAGUGUAGACAAAAUGGAGGUCAGAAAUGUAACAGUGAGAAGACUACUCCGCCGGGAUCUAAAAACAAUUCAAUACCAAACAGUCCAGUAAAAGGAAUUGAACCAAAAGAAGUACCUCCAUCGCCUGAAUCCAUACAACAAUCAGAAAUCCAAAAGGAGGCAAAACCUGUAUACGAAGUCGAACCACAGAAAACAGAAAACCGGUUCGAAAAUUCAAAUUUCGAACACCAAAAAUCUGUUGAUCACCAGAAACAGUACGAAACCCAAAAAUCAUUUGAAUCUCAAAAGUUUGAAUCGAAUUCGCCAGCCAAUCAGAAGCCUUACGAGUCGCCCAAUCAGAGGGUAUAUGACUCGCCCAAUCAACGGCCAGUGUUUGAAAAUAGAACGUUUGAGAAUCAUAUAAAAGUACAGGAAGUUCAGUAUCCAAGCCAGGAAUAUAGUAGCUAUGGGCAAGGAUUUAGAAUGGAAGAGAUAACACCACCACCACAGGCUAUAGUGAAUUAUCACCAAGAUGUGUCAGAAACUCAAAUUAUUCAACAGAAUAAAAUGACGCCCAUACCAAUACAGGAUCCUAAUAUCAGACCAGUCUCAAUAACAAACAUGAUGUAUCCAACGCUACCUCAACAUUAUCCUUUCGUUACUCCGUGUAGAUUGGAUCAACAAAUGCAGCCACUGUACCAGCAGAUGCUGGGAGCAGAAGAUCAGAAGCACUUACCGCAGUCACCACACACAGAUAACACGUUUCGUAUAGACCCGAGCUAUCCAUAUCCAACUGAGUUCAAUGCAUAUGGCGGAUGUCAAGAUCCCGUGCUGCAACGAGGAUAUAGUAUGGGCUACAGUCCAGUGGAAGUACCAACUAUGGUGCCUUCUUAUCCUGUUCCAAACGUUAUUCUACAGCCUCCCAUACAACACUAUCCGACGUAUCAAGAGCAAAUCCAAUGGCAGGGAAUGCAACCGCCCGUGCCAAUAGCCAGUCCGGCUGCGCCAAAAUUGAUGCUACACGAUGUCUAUCCCAUGGUGUGCCCCAACAUUGGCUAUCAGCCGUACAACGUUGUAUAUCCACAGGUUCUACCACAACCAUAUCCCUUUCAGCCGGUAUACCCAAUAGUACCAGAAUGUAGGAACAACAUGACGCAGAGGAAACGCAACUCCCUACCCAACUCUUCUCGCAACACGCCUCAAACACCGCUAGAGAAGAAAGAAGAGACGGACUCGACGGAGAUAGCUGCUAAGAUACAGCAGAUAAAAGAACAGAUGGCGCAAAUGAAUACAAAAGAUAAGAGUGAGAGGAGAACAGACUGGAGGGCUAACAACGGAUCGGGGAUACUGGGGAGUUAUCCCGCUAACUUUAACGGGAGAGUUAAUGGGAGGCCAACCGAUGACACGCAGUUGAGUUCGGCCGCUCGGGCGAUUGUCAAUUCAAUACGGAAUAUACAAGCGAAAAAUAAUUACAACGACAGAAAAUAUGACAAUAGACAGGACCAAAGACAAGAUUUCCGCUACAGAGGCCGACCAGAGAGGGACGAGAAAGAUCGGACUGAAGGCCAGAGACCGGUUAUCCGGCCUGAGAGAUCCGAUAGGGAUAGGAAUAGGGGGAUAUUUCGGGAUAACCCCUUCCCCAUGCAAUAUAGGCCGCCUUAUUUAUUGCGACAGAUGUCUCCUGGGGCUUGGUGCAGACGAUCCCCAGGGCCGGUCCAUCCAGUACUACUCAGAUCAUUUGCUGCAACGGAAUCGGUUGAUAGAGAUUCACGACCUCAAAAAAGAGAUAAAUCACCGGUAUUCGUUUCUGAUGAGGCUUUUAAGCCAAGCCAGGAGAAGCAGUAUUUAAGGUUAAUUGAGAACUAA